AUGGAAGUUGCAGUUGAUCACUACGGCGUUUUAAACCUACCGUCCGAUGAGAAAUCAGCGGAUUUAACGGAGGAAGAUAUCUCAACAGCAUACAAGAAAAUGGCGUUGAGAUUGCAUCCUGACAAGAACCCUAAUGAUCCAAAUGCCACUGCCAAUUUCCAAAAGCUUCUCUCGUCUUAUGAGAUUCUCAAGGAUCCAAAAACCCGAAAGCAAUUCGACGAUAUGCUCCGGUCCAAGCGUCAGCAGAAGGCGGAGCAUGAUCUCCGGCAGAAGGCGGAGCGUGAUCUCCGGCAGAAGGCAGAGUAUGAUUUUCAACGACAGAGGAAGAAACAAGAAGAGGAAGCAUAUAAUUUUCAACAGCAGAGAAAAAAACAAGCAGAGGAAGCAUAUAAUUUUCAGCAGCAGAGAAAUACAGAACGCCAAUUCCGGCAGAAGAAUUCCAAACCAUCAAAGACGACGGCAGGCGAUUUUCAACAGCAGAAGAGGAAGAAACAAAAAGAGACAGCAUAUAAUUUCGAAGAACAAAAGAAUAGAAAACAAGAGGAGAAAGCAUAUAAUCAAGAACAGAAAAGAAGAAAACACGCGGAAGAAAUACGUGAACUAUUUAAGUCUGUAAUUGAUGAAAUCCAUAAAUCAAGAGAGAGGCAAAACCAAUCUUAUAAAUAUUAG